AUUUUCACAGGUAUUUGACAACAUAUUCAGCAAACAUUGUCUUGUUGCUAAUAAAAUAUUCUCAUUGUCUUGACAACAAUUUGUGAAAAAAAGUGCAUUGUAUAAAGAGACUGAAGAACUCGCAAUUGAGAAAAGAAAAUCUUCGUACCACUCAAUUGAUUGACGGCAGCCAUGUCUUCACCAAGCCCUGGCAAACGUCGUAUGGACACUGAUGUUAUAAAACUCAUUGAAAGCAAUCACGAAGUGACUGUACUGGGAGGACUUAAUGAGUUUGUGGUGAAAUUUUGUGGCCCACCUGGAACUCCAUAUGAAGGUGGAAUAUGGAAAGUUCGAGUUGAUCUACCUGAAAAAUAUCCAUUCAAGUCACCUUCAAUAGGAUUCCUCAACAAGAUCUUCCAUCCAAACAUUGAUGAAGCAUCUGGAACAGUGUGCUUGGAUGUUAUUAAUCAAACAUGGACUGCUCUUUAUGACUUAGCCAAUAUUUUUGAGACAUUUUUACCUCAGUUGCUAACAUAUCCAAAUCCUGUUGACCCACUGAAUGGAGAUGCAGCUGCUUUAUAUUUACACAAACCACAAGAUUAUGAGAAGAAAAUUAAAGAUUAUGUGAAACGAUACGCAACUGAGGAUGCGUUGAAAGAACAAGAAAAAAAAAACAAAAAAAGAAAAGGAAAUUGUGCCGGUGGGAGCAGUGAAUCUAGCGACUCCGAUGAUGAAUCUUCAAUGAGUGAUUUUUCAGAGGAUGGCACAGAAACUAUGGAAUUGUGACCUCUUCUACAUCGACAAUGCUGUCGGACUGAGAUUUUUUUAUUCCCAUUUACAAAUUUAUCGUUGCCAUCGAUACACCAUAUUAUGUUUCGGCCGAGCAUGCAUUCAUACAUAAUUGAAUUUAUGUUAAACUGACUAAAAUCCACUAAUCAAUGAUUUUUAUCCAAAAUAUAUAUAAAUAAACAGGGUCCUUGUUUUAGGUGACGCUAAAUCUCUAUUUCUUUUUAACAGUGUGUUAACAAUGUUUUACAAAAUGCACAUACCAUCUUGAAUCCUAUACCGCAUGUACUCAGGAGCAUUUUUAUAAUAAGCCUUUUAUUUUGAUUGGAAAAAUUCACAAAGAAAGAUUUGAAUAAAUUGAUUUGCUCAUGAACGUUCAAAUCGUCAGCCAACGCCCAACGUAUGCCAAAGCAAAUUUAUUUCCCCAUGAGUACUCACUGGUGAAAUUGUGUAUGUAUGCCAUGCUUGGCCGAUCAUGAUGAGCACGAAUGAUAGAUUUUAUCUGGGUUAGAACAAAAACUAUACUACAUAAUACUUUGAUACAUUAUAAAACAAUAACAACAAACACUUUCUGUCAUUGAAUGGCGAAAGAAUCAUUUUUAUUAUCGUACAAACAAGACUUUUUCAGUGCUUUUGUUGGUACUGAACAUUUUUAAAUAGCUUUUAUAUUAAUACCAUAUCGACUAAUUAGCUGAUACUGGAAGUGUGACGUCUGGGUACAUCAUCAUAACCUAUGACUUUUGUUUUUAAAUGCUUUUCAUAUCUGUUUUGUUCUCACCAGAAAAUGUAUCUAAUUCAUAUGGAUUUAUGUGGAUCAUAAUUCUUCCGCCACAUCUGAAAGUUACAUUUUUUUGCUGAUUUUCACCAAGUGCCACAUUCAUAGGAAUGUGGUUUACUGAAUACUUUCAACAUAUUGAUGAAGUAUGGAUGUGUGAAAGUCAAAAUUUGAAAAUUGUUAUUCAAACUUUUGGGGUUCUGCCGAUACAUAAUACCUCCCCUCCUAAUUUCGAAUCAAAAUUCAGUCGUGAAAGUACCUAUUCUACACUAAAACAUAUGGUAACUUUACCGUCCCAAUAGUUUGGUUCUUCCAGAAUACUCAAUUAAAUUGAGACGAUGAAAACAGCCCAAGAUAUUUUAAAAAGGUUAAAGAUUGCAAAGGUGAACAGAUUUUUGUUCUCAUAUUAUGGUGAUAAACAACCCAUAUUUGACCAUUAUUCUACACUAAUCUUUUCUAAUACACUUUUCAGUCAUAAUUGUCCCAUA